AUGCCCAAAUGGGGCCAGCCGUCAGGAGCGACAGCAACGCUGGCGAUCGUGUCGGGAUGGACGGUGACAGUGGCAGCAGUGGGGGACCCGGGGGCAGCCGGCAGGAGCGACAGCAACGGUGGCGAUAGUGUCUGGAUGGACGGCGACAGUGGCAGCAAUGAGUGGGCGAUUCUAGAAUUUACGUCUCCUCCUUUGCCCCCAUCCUUACCACCCUCUUUCUCCCGCACCUCCCACCAUUUUCCAACACCAGGCGGCCAGCCGUCAGGGGCGACAGCAACGGUGGCGAUUGUCUUGGGAUGGACGGUGACAGUGGCAGCAGUGGGGGACUCGCGGGCCAUUCUAGACACCACUGGAGGGGGCGUGACGCCUCUUUCUUUGGACCACCGCUUUGAGGUGUCUGAGGACGAGUGCAACAGAGUGCUCAAAGAGGGUGGCCAACUCGCCAGGCUUCGGACCUUCGAUGGCACGCAGCUGGGCCCACUACGAAGCUGGCCGGGAGGGCUGUGUGUGUCGCGGUCGAUAGGCGAUGUGGACUGUGGAACGUUCAUCACGCCGCUGCCGCAUGUCAAGCAGAUUCAGGUCCCCCAGGCGGGAGGCAGGGUGGUGAUGGCGUCUGAUGGGCUGUGGGACGCAGUGGACUCAGACAAGGCCGCCAGGCGAUGCAGAGGGCUGCCCUGCACCGCUGCUGCCCCACUGCUUGUCAAGGAGUCCAUAAAGGCCAAGGGCCUACGGGAUGACAUAACAGUGCUAGUGAUCGACCUGCUCGCCGCCUCUGCUGCCGCUGACCCCUCCGCCUGCCCCGUGCCCAAGGCCCCCAGCUCCAAAUCCUUCUUCUCCAAGUUCAGGCGCAGGAGCUACGCCAGCUAUCUCUCCAAGUCCUCCAAGAAACUAAGCUCUCUACCACCUACCACCCCAACUUUUCAAUAA